AUGAAGGCUAUGGCGAUUGAAAAGUUGGCCUGUGAAACUCUGCUUUUGUCGUUAUGUUUCCAUAAUAACCUGCUCAAUAAGAACUAUAAAAUUCUGACUGCUUACGACUCUACAGCGAUGGGCGGUGAUGCUCUUCGAGUCAUUGGAAGCCGCAAACUCGGGGACAAAGUUGGCCUUAAUCAUACCCUAAUUCAGUUGCAUGAAGACUGA